GGUAGAGAGAGAGAGAAAGUGCUUGGAAGGGGACAAUGCAUGGUUCUAGCACUCAUGCCCCCCUCUCUUUCUCUCUCUAUUCUCGCCGGAAAACACUCCAAUAACCGCACUGAAACCUUCGACAUGAGUCCCAAGAUCUCCCAAACCGACCCAUGAUCAAUCACCACCGCCGCCGCCGCCGCCAUCACCACCACCACCACCUCAUUUUCCUCACCGCCGUCUUGCUCUCCCUCGCCCCCUCCGAACCCGACAUCCGAACCGGUUACCGCGUCACCGUCGCGAUCCCCCCGGCCUACGUCCCCGGUUUCGUCGGGCGGGCCUACCUGAUGGAGGCCGGCGGUGGCGGCGGGCGGUCACCGUCUUUCAAGGUCGCGCUGAGCGCGGAGGCGAGCGGCGGCGGCAACUACUCGUGCUCGCUGGAGGUCUUCCUCGGGGACGUCAAGGUGUGGAGCUCGGGUCACUCCUCGCGCUUCUACGUGGAGGACCGGUGCGCGCUCGAGCUCGCCGCGGACGGCGACCUCCGGUUGAAGGGUCCCGACGAGAGGAUCGGGUGGCGAACCGGGACCUCCGGUCAGGCCGUCGAGAGAUUGCAGAUACAGGGCACGGGCAAUCUUGUUUUGGUGGACGCGUCGGACCGGAUCAAAUGGCAGAGCUUCAAUUUCCCGACCGACGUGAUGCUCUGGGGCCAACGGCUGAGCGGGGCGACCCGGCUGACGUCGUACCCGGCGAACUCCACGUCAUUCUACUCCUUCGAGAUCGAACGCAACAGGGUCGCUCUGUACUUGAACCACGGCAGGUUCAAGUACUCCUACUGGGGGUUCGCGCCUUCCCUGAGCCGUAACAUCACCUUCGUCAAGCUGGGCACCGGGGGCCUGGACCUGUUCAAUUACAAGUACAAGAAGAUCGCGCGCAUCACGGCUCCGCGGUCCGAGCCGCCCCGGUUCCUGGCGCUCGAUAACCGGACCGGCAACAUGGGGCUCUACUACUACUCCCCUAUCGAGGCCAAGUUCGCGGUGUCGUUCCUGGCGCUCAACGCGACGUGCGACCUCCCCAUGUCGUGCCCGCCCUACGGCAUUUGCACCCUCUCGAGCGCCUGCUCAUGCAUCCGCCUGACUAGGAAGCUGGACGGGGCCGGCCUGGACUGCGGGGAGGGAAUCUCGGGUGGGUUCUGUGGGGGGGCAGGCCGACCGGCUAUGGAGAUGAUCGAGUUGGACGGGGUCGACAGCGUGAUUAAGGACGGCCCGAAACGGGUCAACCUUAGCAAAGAGGAGUGCACGAGCCUGUGCUCAGGGGACUGCGACUGCGCCGCCGCAUUGUACUCGUCGCGCCUACGGGAAUGUUACUUGUAUGGGAUCGUGAUCGGGAUCAAGCAGGUGGUUCGGGGGAGCGGGCUGAGUUACCUGGUGAAGGUACCGAAAGGGAGUAGAGGGAGGCGCGGCCGGUCGGGUUUGAAGAAAUGGGUUAUGGUUUUGGUGGGCGUGGUGGACGGAUUGAUCCUGGUGGCAGUCGUUGGUGGGCUCGGGUAUUAUUUGAUUCGGAAGAGGCGGAAGACGACGGCGUUGCGGGCGGGGAACGGCUCUUGAUGGACUGCCUCUGAUUUUUCGGGCUUUUUUUU